UUGAAAUUCAUAGUGAUACACGAUUUUGAUUGGCCAUGACUGUAACAUACAAGCGACUUCUCUGAGUACCUGUAUAUUGCCAAGCCAGUGACUCUCGGUCGUGACUUUAUUUUUGGAAGCAAUCGUGUAGAAUCUCUGAAUCUAUCGCCUCGCCCUGUACCAUCUCUGCGUUUAAUUGGAGUUUCCUCUCGCCCAAUGGACGACGGUGAAGUGUUCUCGAGCCCAAACGUGGGCGAACUUCCAAGCAGUUGCUCAAUGGAUAGUUUCUUCGAAGAACUUCUCAAGGAUACGCAUGCUUGUACUCACACCCACACUUGCAAUCCUCCUGGCCCUGAUUUUUCACACACCCAUACUUGUUAUCAUGUUCACACCAAAAUUGUCCCCGCUCCUGCUGAGGACAAGGCUGGCACUGAUGACACUGCAGAGUCAGUGGAAAAGAAAUCAAAGAAACGUCCUCUUGGUAAUCGUGAAGCAGUUCGCAAAUAUCGUGAGAAAAAGAAAGCCCGGACUGCAUCUCUAGAGGAUGAGGUUGUGAAGUUGAGGGCCUUGAAUCAGCAUUUAAUGAAGAAGUUGCAAGGCCAGGCUGCUUUAGAGGCUGAAAUUGCAAGGCUAAAGUGCUUGCUUGUGGACAUUCGGGGGAGGAUUGAAGGGGAGAUUGGUUCAUUUCCAUAUCAGAAAUCAGCUAAUUCAAACCCACCAAAUCCAAGCUUGCCUGGUUCUUAUGUGUUGAAUCCCUGUAACAUGCAGUGUAAUGAUUUGGUCUAUUGCCUUCGUCCUGGAGCAGAAGAAGAGACUACAGAAGGCUCACCGCUAAAUGGUGAAGGGUUUAAUGGUUGUGAAUUUGAGAGUCUCCAGUGCCUAGCAAGCCAUAAUAUAGGGCGUAAGGAUAUUCCUGGUUGUGGAGCUGGACAGACAGUGCCUAAGGUCAAUUCUUCUACAGAAAAUAAGGGCAAAGGGGGAACUCGUGCCGCAAGAGCUGGUUGAAGAGCCAAUUUGAUGGUAGUUCUCAUCGGCUUCACAGUACAUAACCUCUGCCAAUUACUCAUUUACAGUUGCGGCAUCAGCCAUCCAUCAGGUCAAUCUGUGGAUCUGAUCUUCAUUUUUUUCCCUUGAAAAAUUCUUUCCUUUCUUUUUGGCCACCUCUGGGGUUAUCGGCCUGGGAUGGCUAUUGUGAGAGGGAAGAUCUAGCUUUGCUGGGUAUGCGUAGAUUGAUGUUGUUCAAUUAUACCGAAUCCUACAUUGAUGAUUUGUUAGGCAGAAACAGCAGUGGAUCUGUAGCCAGCAGAGCUUAUGACAGAGACAGACUUUGUGUUCUUUUAUGAAAUUAAGUUUCUUCUCAAAUC